AUGCUUAUUAAUCCGUUCCGCCCAUGCGAGGGUUCGCCAACCUUCCAAGAGGAGUAUCGCACCAACUACAAACCAAAGUUCAUUAACUCCUGGGUCGGCCCCCAGAUUGUGGCUCCGGAUACUCCAUAUGUAGCUGCAGUAGGACAAAAGCAGCUAUACUUUCUUGACACCCGGUUUGACCCCAAGACUGCACAGCACAUUAAAGAACAAAUCGAGAGGGCGACUGUCGCAGGAGGCCCAUACGAGGCUACCAAGAUAGACGAGAUCUCGGCUACAGCAGAAGUCAUAAACACCCAGACAAAUGAGACACUGUUUGUUUUUGACCCCCCCUACGCCAGGGUCCUGUUCGCGAAAGGAAUCAACAGGCGCAACCCAGCUCUCCAACUACCUGAACACGAGCCUUCCGGGGAUUGGCUGGUGACCUACGAUGUUGGCAACCUGUUGAAAAAUGGGAUUGGUUAUUGUAACCCGCUCUGUAAGCAAGCGGUCGACGCACCAAAGGAAGAUGGGGAAGAUGACGCUAGCUAUCAUAAACGGAUGGACGACUUACACCGGAAGUAG